GUCGAUUUGGAGCCGCACACUGUGGUGAAACGUGGAAGCCGACCGCACAACGCUACGACGCCACCCCGACGCAAGCACCACGCGAGGAUGGGCAAGGAGGAAGUGUACUUCUAUAUCCCGAACUUGAUCGGGUACACGAGGGUGUUCUUAACAGGCUACAGCUUGUACCUGGCCCUCUCGGACUGGAAGACGGCGGUCGUGUGCUACGCCAUCAGCUUCAUCUGCGACUUUUUCGACGGGUACUUUGCUCGGUGGUUCGAUCAAUGCUCAACGUUUGGGGCCGUCCUGGAUAUGGUGACGGACAGAUGCUCGACGGCCGGCCUCCUCGUCAUUUUGUCCCAUUUGGACAAGGAUCGAACGCUCCUCUUCCUCUUUUUGCUUGUGCUCGACUUUUCGUCGCACUGGUACCACAUGUACGCCUCCCGCGGCCACCACAAGACCGUCGACUCGAACAAGAACUUUCUCCUGCGCGUCUACUACGGGUGCUAUCCACUGUUUGGGUACUGUUGCGUCGGCGCCGAAUUCUUUUACAUCCUGUACUACGUCCUUCUUCACGACGCCGCGCUCGUCGUGCCGUACGCGAACGUGCCCCUCUCCAUCGUGUGCUACUUUCUGUGUCUUCCUGCGUGCGUGCUCAAAAACAUCAUCAACGUCGCCCAACUGUGCUCGGCCGCCGCGAGCGUCGCCGAGUACGACUUUGAGCAUAAGCAGCAAAAGACCGCCUGACCUUGCUCACACCCAUAGCUGUUAGCAUAACUGCUACACUCAAUACGACACUGUCAACAUUGUGAUUGCUA